AUGGUCAAUGACAAUGACAAUACCAAUCCGCACUAUAGUGCACAUGUUCAUGAUGAUGUAGCGGAGGAAGAAGACGAUGACCAUAUUGAUCAUCACCAAACUACUGUGGACAACAAUGUUGGUCAUCUAGAUGAUACUGAUGCUGAUGGUGAUGAUGAAGAAGAGGAUGAUGGCCAGAACAAUCAAGAUGAUGAUGAUGAGAUGGAUAUUCAAGGGUCAUAUCAAGGCAUCCCGCUUGUUGUCCAGAUCAACAAUGAUACAUUCCUUCAUCAAUUCAACAACACUGGUACUCUCUAUGAUCAUAUUCAACGACAGUUACAAGAUCAAAUUCAACAACAAAUAGAUGACCAGAUACAACAACAACUCGAUGACCAAAUCCAAAGACAAUUAGAACUCUAUCUCCAACAACAAGAUGACGAUGAUGGUGAUGGAAAUCAAGAAAUGGUCGAUAAUCAGGAGGAAGAGGAGGAUGGAGACGUGGAGGAGGAGGAGGAGGGUGACCAAGACAUGGAUUAUGAUGAUGAUGAUGAUGAUGUAUAUAUUAAUUAUCAUAAUUAUACACAAUCUGAUGUGGAGGUCAGGAGUGAUCCUGGACAUACUAGGAAUGUACGAUUCAGUUUCAAUCCACACCCUGAACACAAUGAUGACGAUCAAGAAGAAGAGGAGGAUCACUAUGGAGAGGAUACAUUUCAUAUCUUCCCUCGUCCCUACGAUACUGAGUACCUUCAAGAUUUCCAGGGCUCUUGGGAAGCAGAGCAAGAAGUCGAUAAUGAAGAUGAAGAUGACGAGGAUGAGGACGUUGAUGUGGAGGAUGACGACGACGACGAGGUGGAUGAUGAGGAUAUCAUGGAGGACCCUAUUGGAUGCGAUUCCGAGGCAGAUGAUGAUGAGGAUACAGAUGAUAUGGUGGCACAGACCGACAAGGAUGACAAUAGUAGCAAGGAGGAGAGUGAUGAUGCCGGUCGAGUGGACAGCUUCCUUCAUCUAUCAAGACACAGUGAUCAAGUGUUGAUGUUCAAUCCAGUCGUUUCCAAAUAUGGUCUGGCAGGUCUCUACGUCUACAACAAGUUACAGAAGGGUAAACUCAUCGAGUUUGAACUUGGAAAUCAUAAGUUCCUCUCCCAAAUGCUCUCCUACUAUCUACUUCUCUAUGACAAGACCACUGGCAAGUCCAUUCAACAGCUCUACCGCUUCAUUCGACAUCUCCCCUCAAUUCAUGAGGCCAAGAAACUGAUACAUGAAGAGAUGAUAAUCAAGGAGCUGAUACCCCUGAAGGUCUCAAUAGAUAUCUUAGAACAUUACCACAGACACAACGAUACUCCAGUUUUUAAAACAUACAGCAAUGGAGUGAUACCAUUGCUAAUGUCAUUUUACAAGAGGAUCUCCAAUGAGAAUCUCUCCAUUGUCAACAGACAUCUUCGACAGACGUUUGACCAUAUAGCGGGCUACACAGAGGUCAUUCCACUCUACGACAAGAAGUCUCAGUAUAUCAAUUUCUAUCAACAACAGCUGGCAUCCAUUAGGAAUCUAUGUGGAUUGAAUGACAAACAUUCAUACUUUCGAUAG